AGGAGGAGGAUGGCGGGGGGAGGGCGGUGGCGGCGGCGGGCUGAGGGGGAGCGGCGCGGCCGCCAUUAGCCGCGCUGUGAUGGAGGACGAGGAGUGCCCGGCCCUGGUGCCCAUCGCCGGCGGCGGCUCGGAGGGGCCCGACGCCGGCAGGAGGAUCCCCGUGACGAUCAUCACGGGCUACCUGGGUGCUGGGAAGACAACUCUUUUAAAUUACAUACUGACAGAGCAACAUAGUAAAAAAAUCGCAGUGAUACUCAAUGAGUUUGGAGAAGGCAGCGCAUUGGAGAAAUCCCUGGCAAUCAGUCAAGGGGGAGAACUCUAUGAAGAAUGGCUGGAGCUCAGAAAUGGCUGCCUAUGCUGUUCAGUAAAGGACAAUGGUGUGAAGGCUAUUGAGAACCUCAUGCAAAAGAGAGGAAAAUUUGACUAUAUAUUGUUAGAAACAACUGGUUUGGCAGAUCCAGGAGCUGUGGCCUCCAUGUUCUGGGUUGAUUCUGAGCUGGGAAGUGACAUUUAUCUUGAUGGCAUUAUAUCUGUCGUUGAUGCAAAGCAUGGACUGCAGCACUUGACAGAGGAGAAACCAGAUGGCCUUGUCAAUGAAGCAUCUCGGCAGGUUGCAUUAGCUGAUCUUAUAAUCAUCAAUAAAACAGAUUUGGUUUCAGGGGAAGAAUUGAAUAAAGUCAGAACAUCUAUCAGGUCAAUAAAUGGACUUGUCAAAAUUCUAGAGACGCAGAGAUCAAGAGUUGAUCUCUCCAAUGUGUUGGACCUGCAUGCUUUUGACAGUCUAUCUGGAAUAAGUUUGCAGAAAAAGCUUGAGCAUGUGAAGACAACACGUGCGCAUUUAGAUAAGGGUAUAAUGACAGUAACAUUUGAAGUUCUAGGAGACAUAAAAGAAGAAAACCUGAAUCUCUUUAUACAGAAUCUUCUAUGGGAGAAGAAUGUGAAAGAUAGGACUGGACAUGCCAUGGAUGUUAUAAGACUGAAGGGACUGGUAUCUAUUCAAGGCAAAUCUCAUCAAGUGAUAGUCCAAGGUGUCCAUGAGCUCUACGAUCUGGAGGAGACUGCAGUAGAAUGGAAGGAAGAUGAGAAGAGAACAAAUAGACUGGUUUUAAUAGGUAGGCACUUGGAUAAGGCCAUCAUCAAAGAAGUGUUCAUAGCCACUGUGACAGAGAAACAUGGAAACGGUUGACAUCAGACUAUAAAAACAAGUUGAAAAGCCUCUGCUUAACCUUGUGAGCCUUUUAUGAUAAAAAAGACAGAAUGACAUGCAGUGUAGUUGCUCUGUUUUCAUUUUGCAAUUUACAGAACAGUUAAACUCUGAAGUUCUCCUGAGAAAUCCAGCUCACCUACUGCUUAAAGAUUAGCUGUUAUGGUCUAGAAUCAAGCACAAAGAAUUCUAGCAUGUUGGAUUUGGCUUAAGUUACAUCAGUAACAUCGUUUAGAUUUGCAGAAAUACAGAUAUGCAAAAGACUUUAUUAUGCCGUAUGUGAAAAGAAGCCAUAAAUUCCAAUAGGCAUGUAGUAAACAUGUUUGAAACCCAGUCCUUUCUCCUGCUAAUUCUCCUUUAGUACUGGAAAUUAAGUAGUAUUGAUUUUUACCAGUCAUGUAAUUACAAUGAAAAGUAUUUAAUGUUUACUAUUAAACUCUCUUGCCUUACUUUCUA